AUGACGCAAAGCCCUCCCCUUCAGAAUCAUGCAACAGAAACGCCUUCAGCUGGAAUCUGGAAACUAUAUGUUGACGGCUUUUCAAACGCCAAAGGAUCGGGCGCUAGAAUGAUAGUUGAAAACCCAAACGGCGUAGCGUUCGAACACUCUUUGUCUUUUGACUUCAACGCCACAAAUAACCAAGCAGAAUAUGAGGCCAUGAUAGCCGGUCUGCUCCAAGCAAAAGAAAUGGGCGCCAGACGUCUCAAAGUCUUCACUGACUCCCAGCUGGUAACUUUUCAAAUCUCAGGCAAAUACCAAACCAAAGGACCGUUAAUGUGUAGGUACCUAGAAAAGGUCAAAGAAUUGAUUGGAAGUUUCGAAGCCGUUGAAGUGGAGCAUAUAAGGCGAGCUGAAAAUACCCGGGCAGAUAUCCUCGCCAAAUUGGCGAGCACCAAAAGCCCAGGAAACAACCGAUCAGUAAUCCGGCAUAACAUGCCAAGCCCAUGCAUUGUGAUGAGUAUUUCAAACCCGCCAGAGGAAGUCGCUGAAGAAACCUGGACACCGCCAAUCAUCAACUACUUGGCUGAAGGAGUUUUACCCCAAGAUAAAAAAGAAGGUCAAAAGAUAAUACGGCGAUGCACGCAUUUCUGCCUAGUGAAAGGACAAUUGUAUAAACAGGGGCUCUCAACCCCACUCUUGAAAUGUUUGGUCCCUAAUGACGUUCAAUACGUGAUAGAAGAAAUUCAUGAAGGUAUUAACGGCCACCAUUUAGGUGGUCACUCACUGGUAAAGAAAGCAUUAAGAGCAGGGUUUUACUGGCCAACCAUAGAGCAUGACGCCCACGAACACGUCAAGAAAUGCAAAAAAUGCCAAAGAUUUGCUGAUAUACACAAAGCGCCACCGGAAGAGUUGACGUCACUCACAUCACCAUGGCCUUUCUACAAGUGGGGAAUUGACAUUCUAGGCCUUUUUCCCAUGGCGGCUGGCCGAGUCCAAUGGCUGAUUGUCGCCAUUGACUACUUUACCAAAUGGGUAGAGGCAAAACCCUUGGCCACCAUCACGUCUCAAAAAGCAAGAAGGUUCUUUUGGAGAAGCAUCGUCUACCGAUUCGGUAUCCCGGGAGAGGUCAUUACCGAUAACGGCACUCAAUUUACUGAUACAAAGUUCCAUGAACUAAUGAGCAGUCUACAAAUCCGACACCAUUUUUUCGCCGUAGAACACCCUCAAUACAACGGCUUAGUGGAGUCAGCCAACAAAAUGUUGGGGAAAGGAAUCAAGAAGAAUUUGGAAGCACACAAAGGAGCAUGGUUAGAGAACCUUGACAACGUCUUGUAG